AUGAUUCUUCCUAUUAAGGUGAAUUCUCAUAUUUCUGGAAUUUUCACUAUUAAUAAACAUGAUGUUGUAUUUGGUGAGGCUGAUAUUGGUGUUCCUCUUAGCCUGUUGAAUCUUUGUUAUAAGAUGUAUCAUCCAGAUAUUGCUCUCUAUAAUAUUCCAUAUUUUGACAAGUUUGAUCUAGCCGCUAGUGGAAAUGUGCUUGAUGUCCCACUCAUUGUCAAAGGACAUAAAGCAUGUCCUAUAUGUGAAUCUGAUACAUGUUAUCACCAACUUGAUUCUGGAAAAAAGACCGUUUACCUUGAGCAUCAAAAAUUUAUAAAUCUCGGUCAUCCUUAUCGUAGAUUGCAGAAUGCUUUUAAUGGAGAGAAAGAGUUUACUAUGACUCCUAAACCUUUAACCGAGGAUGAAGUUUAUUAA